AUGAAAGUAUGUCCUAGACCUGCUACACCGCUACCCAUGGCGUCUUCACCUAAAUUGACUCUCACGUCGGGCAAGCCAUUAGCUGAUCCUAAAGAGGAUCACCAACUGGUGGGAAGUCUCCAAUACCUGCAAUUCACACGUUUAGACAUCGCCUUUGCAGUCAACAAACUAUCUCAGUUCAUGCAUUGUCCCACUGAUCUUCAUCACCAAGCAGCCAAACAGGUCCUCCGCUACUUGGCCGGCACACCAACUCAUGGUAUUUACUUCUCCUCCUCCAACAGCCUUACUCUUCAUGCCUAUUCUGAUGCUUAUUGGGUUGGUGAUACUCUUGAUUAUGCAUCCACCAAUGCAUACAUUUUUUACCUUGGGAAUCACCCUAUCUCUUGGACCGCAAAGAAACUAAAGGGUGUUGCUCGUUCUUCUAUGGAGGCUGAAUAUCGAGCAGUAGCUAACACAGUUGCUGAUAUUCAAUGGAUCUGUAACAUUCUCACAGAACUCGGCGUUCUUCUUCCCUCCACUCCAAUUGUCUUCUGUGACAAUGUGGGAGUUAUAUUCUUAUGUGAAAAUCCGGUGUUUCAUUCUCGGAUGAAGCAUAUAGCUCUUGACUAUCAUUUUGUUCAUGGGUAUAUUCAAGAUGGUGCCUUACGUGUUGCUCACGUUAACACAACAGAUCAACUUGAUGAUGCUCUCACCAAACCGCUCCCUCGCGCUCAAUUUCUUGAACUAUGA